AUGUCUCCAUUCACUCCCCCCAGCCCUCUCCUCAGUCUCCCCAAAGAACUGCGCUACGAUAUCUACGACUACCUCUGUCUCCAGGAACCCAAGCAGAAUCGGACUGCGCGCCCACAAGAGCCACUAACCACCUACAUCGACCACAUGGCACCAACCGAGCUAUCUAUAACAUGUCGUUUCCUCCGCAACGAGAUCCGCGCCUACUUCCAUUCAAAAGCCACCUUGGGUUUCUACCCACUUUCCCGCUCCUCGAUCGAAGCAAUCGCCCUCCGCGCUAGCGCCGGACCUUGGGCCGGAUAA